UAAUUAGCUACAAAAUAUACAAAUUAAAGUAAAUACUUAUAGCAAUGUCCGUCAGUAUGCAGUCAGUUUUUAUCGACAGCGUUAAAUAUUAACUUUAGUGUGAGUAUGUGAAAAUUUACAAUGAAACCAACAGAGAUUUCUAAUAUGGACUUUUUUACAAAAUUCUUAAAAGCUGAAAAACUUUGGAACAAACGGAUCGAUUUUCACACCCCCUUGGAACCCAUAAUUUACGUACUUUCUGUUUUGAUGCUACCGGUAAUAAUUUUAACCAUCGCAGUAUUUGGUAUAUUUAAAUUCAUGGUAGGAUUAUGCCUAAGAGCAAAAUAUAAAACGAAUUUUGGAGGCCUAGUAACAGGGGGAGAUGUGUUAUGGACCAUUGAAGAGGAAACAUCAAAGAACAUCAUCAACACACUUUUAAUAAUCGACAUCAAAGAUCAAACGUUGCAUUCGCUAAAACAAUCCAUCAUAAAUAGAGUAAAAAAUACUUUAUAUCGCAUAGAAGGCUCGAAAAUCACUGGCAUUAGACAAUCAGAACUGGGAUACACAUUUCUUUUGAAAAACCAAUACACGGCGGAAGAGGCAAUUUCGUUCUUACCAGAUAUUAAUAACGGAUCGGUUUUGGAAGAACGUGAGUUGGAGGACAUUGUAUCUGAAUACAGCAACAAACCCUUACCGAAGAAUGAUUUGGCUCUUUGGCAAAUAUUGAUAGGCAGAAACCCAGUAAACUACAAAGGCUCGAAGCACUACUUUUUAAUAUUUAGAAUCCACCACAUAGUCGGAGACGGAUCUUCUUUGAUCCAGACAAUGUUGGACAAUUUCGGCGAUUGUGUACCUAAACCACCUGCUACGAAUUUUAGAAAAGAGCCGGAUUUCGUUGAACAACUUGUGUACCUUUUAAACGGUAUUUACACUUUCAUUAUAUCGUUCGCCUUUCUCGUCAAUCAAUCAAUGUUCAAACACAACGAUUCCAGCAGCCUGCACGGCAAAGAAUUAUCCGGCGAGAAGAUUGUGCUUUGGAAUACAGAUGAGUAUCCUAAUCUACUUGAAGCCGUGAGAGCUGUAAAGAACAAAAUACCAGAUACAAAAUUCUCCGAGAUCAUUUUCAGCGCUAUUUCCGCCGGUAUUUCGGAUUAUUUCUGUAAAAUUUCCGAAAAUCCCCCAGAAACUGCUACAGCUAUAGUUCCGGUUGUAUUAACCAGUAGCCACACAAAAUUGAGCAACACCUUCACAAUUGGACUAAUAGAUAUACCAAUAGCUCUCAAAAGCUCACCCACAGAUAACAACAUUUUAGGACAAAGACUUGAUGAAGUCAAAACUAAAGUCAGUUUAAUAAAAGAACUAGUUGACUACAAGAUAAAUUAUUGGGUGUUGACCGUCCUUUGUCCUGUUCUACCAAUUCCCUUUUUGAAACUGUUGGUAGACGUAAAUAAAUGCACCAUGGGAGUGAGUAAUUUACCUGGAUGUUGUAAAAUUUCUAUAUUCAAUGGAUGCAAUCUCAAGGAUAUUGUUUUCUGGGUACCACAUAGAGGCAAAACUGGUUUAGGAUUUUCGAUAUUAACUUACGACAAUAGGUUACAACUUGGUUUGAAUGUUGAUAAGGCUCUUAUGCCUACAAAAGAAGACGCCCAAACUGUAUUAAAUGGAAUAUCAAAGUACAUUGUGUCUUUGAAUCAAGAAGUAAUAGGGAAACUUUAAAAAUACUCAGAAAAAGAAUUUGGAGUAUAAAGCGUGGAUAAAUGAAAAUUAAUUAAAAUGUUGUUAUAUUUUUAUAAAUGUGUAUUUUAUAUUUUUUAUAAUUGGUAAAAAAAUAUAUUCUUAAUUUUAUAA